GAUUCCUGCCUAUUAUGGAUACUGACAGUGAAGCUUGAGGCAAAAUAACCUCCCUCGCCUUCAACUUUGAACUUCCGGAUUCUCAACUUUCUUUUUCAUCCACAACAAAGGAUCGUCACUUCAUCUCAAAUGGUGCAGUCUUAUAAAUCCAUGUUCUGAGAGAGAAGCGAAAGUACAGACCCGUAUCCAUCAUGGCGGACUCAUCGAUUGAAGUUCUUCGAAAGCGCAAGUCUGAUUCUGGAGUCGAUACUUCUACAGACUUACCGGCUACCAUUACUGGUCUGUCAGUCACAACCACAGUGGCAAAGAGAUCUAAGAUGGUCAUAGGUGUAAAUACUUUGAUAUCUGACGAGUUGAUUGCCACAAAUGAAAGCGAAGUCGAUGUUGAUCGCAUUUAUCACCAGCCUACUGUUUCUGACGUUGAAGAUCCAAAUGUUGGGGCGUCCGAGGAACUUUCGAAAGAUGAGUUUGAUGAUGAACUCGGAGAUGAAUACUCGUACGAAGAUGAAAAUAUUCAUGGAGCUGGCGAUUCCGGGAGUCGUGAGUAUGGAGUCGAGGGGCGCGAAAUUACUAUCCAGCAGGAUGGUACGGAUAACGUAGCCAAGUUGAGACUCUUUUUGACGAAGGAUGAUGAGUUUGCAGAUUGGCUUCACAUGAUUCAUGUCAACUGCACCGUCGAUGGCAAACGAAUUGGCCAUGCCUUCGGUCAAUACAUCUGCCGGGAAGAAAUUAGAGAAGAUUUCUGGAGCGAAAUGGAAGCCCCAAGCAGAGAGUUGUCUCUAGUUGCAUUCAAGCUCUUCGACCGUUAUGGAUACCUCAAUGGUCACCUUAAAAAUCAUUGCGUGCAAAAGGGCACAGGUGUAUGGGGAGACGAGUUAGAUUUUGGCUCACUAUUUAUACUGGAGCAUGUUGAGGUGACUGAAAGAAAAUGGAGACGGAAGGGGUUAGGACGAGCCAUGGUUGGUGACCUUGUCAAGAAGGCAGAAGUACUACACAAACCAUCCCCUUUAAAUACUCCAGAAGACAACAUGUUCGAGGACAUGUUCUGGUUUGGGCGCAACAAGGAAAGAGAGCGCCGUGCGAAAAUACACAUAAUUUCGAUGCCUGGUUAUCUUCGCCAUGACGUCGAACCACAAUAUGAGGGCAAAUCUGAACCCGAGCAGCAUGAGAUCAACUCUCGAGCUAUCGAUUCUGCUAUAUCAUUUCAUCGUUCCCUUGGUUUUCGAAGAAUUGGUGCUUCGAGCUAUUUUGGUCUAUCACCCGACCCUAAUCAUAAAUCCCAUUCACUCGCAAUCCAGGAUGAUUUCGAUCCACCAAAGCCACCAUCAACACCUGCAGAGGAACCAGAGUUGGUGGUAAUUACGAUUCCUGGCGAAGAGGAAAGCUUUCGUACAUCUGCUUACGGAAAAGAACUGGAAAAAAAGGGGCUGGAGAAAUUGAGAAAGAAACUGACACCCUUGAACUUCGCGGCUGUUUCUCUUCCUGAUGUUGAACUCUUAGAAUUCUACAAGACAUUCCAAAUCGAAGAUGAAAAGGAGUGGAAGCAGGUUGAUCAUCUCGACAAUACUUUGCUACAUAUCGCGGCAUGCCAAUUCAAACUCCAAAGUGUACAGUGGCUAAUGGAUAAUGUGAACGACAAGCAGUCCUUGACAUCGGCUCGUAACAUCGACGGAUAUACCCCUCUCGAAGCAUUACAGUAUAAACUCAACGUCAUCAGAACACGACGCGAACAUGGAAUAAUGACAAUUGUAAUUGCAGAUAACUUUGCUGGCUUCACUUCCGACGCUACCCGCUGCCAAUUUUUGCUGAUGACCGGAUCGAUGCCUACAAAGCUAUCAGAUACUCAGCUCUUACUACAGCUUAAAUGUGGAUGCACAUGUGGAGAAUGCAUCGGAGGCUUUUUAUCACCGCGCAUGAAGCUGGCACUUCUUUUUCAAGCUGAAACAUAUCAUGACAGCCUGAAUGAUUCGAUUCACAUGAGUCUCGGAGAAGACGGCGUUGAUUGGUUAUGGUUGCAAGAAGACCUCGUCGAACACGUUCAUCCGGAUCUCCAGCGAAACUUCAAGACAAACAAAUCACUCCGUCAAGGUUUCGCUAAUAUGUUCAAUUACAUUGCGAUAUGCUUGAAAGCUAACAAGCCACCAACGAGAAAGAAUGUUCUGAGAGUAUGGGAAGACACGAGCGAAUGGCCACCAGUAACGUGCAAUUAUCUUCAAUGGGGCGGUACCCUUGAGAACAAGAUCGAAGCAGUACUAGAAAAGGUACUCGAAGGUGCACACGCCCAGAAUGAGAUUUUUGGCGAUGGCGAGUUUAUGAACUGCAUGGAGGAAGAAGUUGAGCGAUUGAAAAUAUGCAGGAAUGACCACGAAUACGGAUUUGUGGCUAAAUCCUGUGGCUUGCCAGAACGUAACACGAAUCCAUCGGGAAGAUUGGAGAGUAUGUUCCAGAGAAUGCUUUCUGGUAUGCAAUGAUUGUGCUAGAGAGUUUGUACAUGUUGCUAGAUGGUUUCGCACUGUACAGAUGGACGGUUUAUUGUGUGUGGCUAGGUGCUACUGUAUGUGCUUUGAAUGUUGCAAUUUGUGUGUAAUUGGCUAGCAUCUAUGAGAAAGAAUUAAAUCCCCUCAUAGGAAUCACAUAUUUAGAUAUUAUCGCUCUUAAAUGAUCAGAUUCUGCAAGAAAAUCAUGGGACGACUAUCCCCACCCACCUUGAAGGUGUUGAAUUCGAGUGGACGCA